CGAAUAUUGACAGCACGGCAGACAGACAGUGGCGCGGUCGUCGACGCAGCGUCUACCGGAUUAUUUUUAUUUUGAUAGUGAAUCAUUUAACGACCAGACUACGUUCUCUGGCUAGUUACGCGUCGGUUUGCAAUAAAAACUCUAUUUACUACAACAGUGACGAGUGAUAGACGUUUAGUUGACGAAUUUUGGUGCUAACCUCUUCAUUCUUUUUUUUUCCUCCCGUCAGUGUUUUUGAGAACUGCAAGGCUGAUCGAUAUGUGCAAGAUUUACCACAGAUGACUCUGCGUUACUCAACCUCGUGUUGAUUUCUUCUGAUGAGGUAGCCAAGCUGGUGAUCUUGGCGGGAUGCAGGGCGGCGGUGCGCCCGCCGCGGACGCCGACCAGGCACAAUUUGAAGCGGACAAGAGAGCCGUUUAUAAACAUCCACUAUUUCCCCUACUGGCACUCCUCUUGGAGAGAUGUGAGCAAGCGACAGCAGGGGCAGAGCCCCCAGCAGCUGAAGCCUUCGGCGCAGACCUACAGGCCUUCGUGCAGCACCAGAGGCGAGACCGAAGGCCUUUCCUCGUAGACGACCCGGAGAUAGACGGACUUAUGAUUAAGAGCAUCCAGGUGCUAAGAAUCCACCUUCUGGAACUGGAGAAGGUGCAGGAACUAUGUCGAGACUUCUGCGGAAGGUACAUAGCGUGCCUCAAAACUAAGAUGCAGAGCGAGAACCUGCUGCGGACUGAUUAUUCUUCAGGUGGUGUAGAGAGCAACAACAAUUUAUCCGGAUCCAUAGACGAGCAUUCGAGCACGUCCAACUCGCCACAAUAUCAGUCGCCCCCCGCCCCGCUGGUGCCGGCUCCGUUCCCGGCUGUGUACCCGCCGCACACCGACCUGCCUUAUGCGCCGGCGCAGCGGGAUACACCGUCACUAGUAGUCCAAGGUUCGACGCCGAUCAGUCAGAUAGGCGCGGGGUUGCUCUCAACUGACUCAUUCACUGGCACGAAUUCCAAUAACUCAUGUUCCUCCGUGUCCGGCUCUCCCCCUCCCGAGGAGGAGUGCACCGAUGAAGGAGGGAAGCGGGGGGUAUUGCCGCGACACGCCACGCAAGUCAUGAGGGCGUGGCUGUUCCAGCAUCUUGUUCACCCAUACCCGACAGAAGAAGAAAAGCGCACUCUAGCGGCGCAGACGCGACUUACGCUGCUGCAAGUGAACAACUGGUUCAUUAACGCGCGCCGCAGGAUCCUGCAGCCCAUGUUGGACUGUGCUGAUAAACCUGGAGGCAAGAAAGGUAAGAAUGGGUCUUCAAUCAGCAAGAGGUACUGGCCUGACGCGCUCUCCAAUCCACAGUUUACAGCUGGUCUCCUCUCGUCAUCAGAAGACGAGGAUCAGGAAGGCGAUCCGUCAGGAGACGAGCAGGACUCGACGAGCGAGCAGCCAGAGCAUACCAGCUACCCCAUACAGCAACCAAUGCACUAAUCAGGUAGCGACCAGUUUUAGGAAUGAGUAUGUUACAGAAAUUUUAACUUCACCCAAUGUUUAUUGAACUCACACCUGUCUAAGACCGCUUUUAAAGAUUUAGACCAAAUUAAUAAUCUUCUUGGUCAAACAAAAUUGUUAUAUUAUUUAUGAGCAAAAUUUAUUUUGUUAUAAAUUUGAUUGAAAUAAAAGUUUGUUGAAUGCUAUUUGUAAACAAAAAACACUUUUUCAUGUAAGUUUGUUUAAGUUUUCUGAGUUAUUUGACCUAAAAAGUAUUCUGAGGAUUAAAACAAUAAAUUUAAUAAACUUUACGCGGGAAACAUUUUGACAUUGACGUCAGAUGACAGAACUAGUGACGUACCCGUUCCUAAAACACGCAUAGUCGAUUGGAAAAUUUCAAAAUCGAGUUAGUCGAUUACCAUUUACGAUGAUUCAAAUGUAUACGUAUUAAUUUUAAAAGUAAAAAUUAUCUUUUCAUGACGAACGCCAUGUCACAAUGAAAUUCAUUUAUUUAUAUAUAAAAAUUAAUAAAAAAAGACAUAAUAAUAUAAAAUAUAUUGACAGUAUACCGUUAAUUUAAGCGUAGAAUAGAAGUCAUAUUUCUGGUAACAGUGUGUUGAGACUAUUAUAAUUU